ACCGAUUUUCUCCAAUACUGUAAUUUCUUAGGACAGUUUUCUUUGUCAUAAAUUGCUACAGUUAUUUAUUCAUUUGUAACGUAAAUAAAUGUUCUUUGUUUCAUAGGUUAAAGACAGGAUGAAAUUUUAUUUUUAACGUGUUUCAGUAUUCUGCUUUUCAUUGUUAUUCUUUGUGUUCUUUAUUAUAAAUAUAUAGCAACUAUUUGUUUACAUUUUAUAUAGGUAAGAAGAAGACGUAUGGCUCGUUUAGCAGGCUUAGAUACCAUUAAUUCAGGAACUAAUUCAAAUCACAGUAGCGGUCCAGUUUCUCCAAGUACGCCAGGUCCAUCGAAAGCAUUUACAGAACAAAUAAUAUCGCCAUCAAAGCAACAGCAGUUUCAGAAUUCUGAGAUACCAAUGGAAGUAGAGGAAAAUAGUGAUAAACAAUGUAAUAAUUCUGGAGUUGAUGUAGAUUCAGGAAUUGAAAAUAUGGAAGUUGAAGAAUCGGAUAGAAAAGAUUUAAAACCAAGAUCACGUACUACAAGUUCUAGUACAGAGAUAACUACAGAACAAAUACAUUCUGUUAUCUCACGUAUAUUAUGCAUAUCAUGGAAGGAACCUACAGAAGGUUGCAUAUUCUUACCACAAACUGCGGCACACGAGUUAACGCAAAAAUUUGUGGAUGCCGCAGAAAUAAUAAAUCAAGCACUGAUGGAGAUACUGUGUAUGUUUGUGAAAGACGAAGAUCCUUUAAAAGAAAUUAAUGUAGAUAUAUCUUCGAAUCGAGAAGACAGCCCUAAUAGUCAAACAAGUCCUUUAUUAAGCCCAGUUGCGACGUUUUGCCGGUGUGAUAUUUGUUGUAAAUCGUCGCAAAGUAAGAGUUUCACUUAUUUACUAGAUUGCUAUUCAAGAGUUGCAGUUGAAGAACGUAACAAUCCAAAGAAAUCGAGUACACCGCCAUUGUCUGAUGUACUGGCUAUUCUAAGAGCACAAUGUGUUCAGUAUUCCAGUCUUGUAUUGCAAGGCCUAGUUGGUAUUUCGCAGUCUUCAACUACAUAUCCUUUAGCUAUGACUCCCCUACUGUACCCAGUAUUGUCGCAGAGUUUACCACGUGGAUAUUUACACGAGCUUGUGGCAAGGACGCAUACAAAUUCAGCAGUAUUUAAUAAAAUUUUUACUCCACUUUUGCAAGGCUUAUACCUUUCAAUGCAGCAUCCUAGUUUGGUUGGGAAUACGCAUCGAAGACCGAUCGAAGCAUUAGAAGAGUUAAUAGAAAUUCGUUGUGGACCGAGUAGUAACAUACGCCCGAUCUGUCGUUUAAUUAUUCAUCAAGUACAAUUUUUGCCUGACAUUAUGACCUCAGCAGCUGGUAGAGAACUCACAACAACGUCUUUUCUUGGACCUUUUUUAUCAGUGUCUGUAUUUGCCGAAGAUGAACCGAACGUGGCUGAGAAAUUCUUCAGCGGUAAUCCAUUCAUCGACAAGUCGAUGAAUUUAACGUUGCAACAAGAACUGGAAAGCACCAGAACGUCGCUUCAUAAAAUAUUUCAUGCGAUACUCGCAAACAGCAACUGCCGUGAAGCUAUGUUAACAUACUUAGCAACGUUGUUACGUCAUAACGAGAAACGUGCUCAAAUACAAACGGAAGAAUUCUCCCUUGCCGGAGACGGAUUUAUGUUAAAUUUACUCUCAGUUUUACAAAUGCUUUCCGUGAAAAUUAAAUUGGACACAGUGGAUCCUUUAUAUCCGUUUCAUCCUUCGAGUUUUGUGGAAAUAAAAAAUGACACAAGGUUGAAGCUAUCGUAUCAAGAAGUUGCUGAUUGGCUAAAACAUUUAGAAAGGACACACAAGUGGGUCGAGCCAAAGUUUCCAACACAAUGUUGGUUUCUUACUCUACAUUGUCACCAUAUAGCGUUGUUACCGGCUUUACAGAAAUACCAGAGAAAGCUGAGGACUUUACGCGAUGUGCAGAAAAUGCUCGACGAUCUACAAGCUACUGAACCGCAAUGGAAAGACAGUCCUUUCGCAGGUCGUAACAAAGAAUUAAUAAAACGUUGUAAAGAACAAUUGAAGCAACUCGGCAAGUCUAAAUCGUGCACGGAUGCUGGAUUAAAUGAUCCUGUUUUAUUGAGAAGAUGCUUGCAUUUUUAUAUUUCUGUAGCAGAGGUUCUUCUAAGUUUAUUAACUCAAACUCCGCCAGGAAAUCCUCUUCCUGAACUUCCUUUACCUCAAGAAGUUCCACAAAAGUUUACAGCCUUACCAGAAUGGUAUGUUGAAGAUAUUGCAGAAUUUUUGUUAUUUACCCUUCAAUUUAGUCCUGGCGUAAUAGUAAAUAACAUGGACAAUUCACUUAUUACAUGGUUACUUGUUGUAGUAUGUACUCCACAUUGUAUACGAAAUCCAUAUUUAAUAGCAAAAAUUAUUGAAGUGCUAUUUGUAAUAAAUCCUAGUGUUCAGGGGCGAACCGAAUCACUUCACGAUCAAGUAAUGGCACAUCCUAUAUCUAAAACAUUAUUAGCGUCGUACCUAAUGAAAUUUUAUACCGACGUUGAAACAACCGGUUCCAGUUCAGAAUUUUACGACAAAUUUUCAAUUCGUUAUCACAUUAGUUUAAUCCUGAAGUCUAUGUGGGACAGUCCGGUGCAUCGAGAAUCAAUUAUUCAAGAAAGCAAUAAUGGGAAGCAAUUUGUGAAAUUCAUUAAUAUGUUAAUGAACGACACGACGUUUUUAUUAGAUGAAAGUUUAGAAUCGUUGAAGCGUAUUCAUGAAAUCCAAGAACUUAUGUCCGAUCUUAAAGCAUGGGCAGCGUUUUCCCCCGAACAACAACAUUCGCGAAUGAGACAAUUAGCGGCAGAUGAAAGACAGGCCAGAUCGUAUCUUACAUUAGCAAAGGAGACCGUUGCCAUGUUUCAUUAUUUAACAGUCGACAUCACAGAACCAUUUUUACGACCUGAAUUAGUUGGAAGAUUAUGUGCCAUGUUAAAUUUUAAUUUACAACAGUUGUGUGGCCCUAAGUGUAAAAAUUUAAAAGUAAGAAAGCCACAGAAAUACGGAUGGGAACCAAGAGCGUUACUCGGCCAAUUGGUCGAUAUAUAUUUACAUCUUGAUUGCGAUAAUUUUGCGGCUGCUUUAGCUACCGACGAACGCUCGUUCUGCAAAGAAUUAUUUACUGAUGCUGCGAAUAGAUUAGAAAGGUCGGUAAUCAAGACUACUACGGAAAUUGAAAGAUUUAUAGCACUUGCAGAACGUGCUGCAGUUAUUGCUAGAGAUAAUCGUGCACGUGACGAAGAUUACGGUGACGCACCAGAGGAAUUUCGAGAUCCACUUAUGGAUACACUCAUGGAAGAACCUGUUAAACUUCCAUCUGGUAUUGUCAUGGAUAAAGCAGUUAUUAUUAGACAUCUCCUUAAUAGCGCUACAGAUCCUUUCAGUCGGCAACCACUUAGCGAAGAUAUGCUUACACCAAUGCUCGAUUUAAAGGAAAGGAUAUCAAUGUGGAAACAACAAAAGAAAAAAACUACAAAUAUAUAAGUUGUGAUCGUAAUACAAUAAAUAACCAUUUAACGAAACCAUCACGAUAUUGCGUAGCCAAUAUCAUUACUACACGGUACAUUUUACCAACCAAUAGAUGUAUCAGUCUGUGUAGUAAAUGAAUAUAGUGCAAUGAUCUCGCUAUUGUGCAAAUAUUGCGCUCAAUAAAUUUACGGUUUUUAUACAUUAAACAUUAAACAGACUGCAGCUAGGUAACUGCCAACAAUUACUCGAAAAAAUACUUUUAAAAACUUGUAAAUAACUGCUGGCUGAAACGUCAGUAUCCAGAGAAAUUAAAAUCUUAUUUACAAAUUUAGCACUUGUUCCUUUGUACGUUCUAAUGCACGUGACCGCGGGUAAAAAGUAAACAAAAUAAAAAAAGAAAGAAAAGGGGGAAGAAUAGAAAAAAAAAACACGAUCAGAUUUAAGAACCUUAAUUGACAUAGAAUUGGAUUAUCGAUAUUUAUCCCAACUUCCAUUUAAAAUUCGCUAUUCAUAAACAGAGUAAAAAGAGGAUAUCAUUUCCUGCAAAGUUCAUGUACAAGGUUUGUAUGAAAAAAAAUUUGAAACAAAGUUGUUAUUAAGUCUCGUUUUAGAUGUUAACAUGUGAUGUGUUGCACGGAAGAAAGGAAAUAAUUUGCAGCGACUAUAAUUCUUUCUAAAGAUGUACAUGGUAAAUGUAUCAUGCAUAUUUGUUCAAUAAAUUUUAUGAGCAAAGAUAUGUAUAUGUACUUACAUACGAUAUAUAAAAAUAUGUUACUUGAAACAAUUCCAUUUAA